AAUUAAACUGUUGGGAAAAGCACCGUGGCUGAAAACUUCGAUAAAAAAAAUGGGAAAACUAACUGGCUCACCAACUUUAUCCGCGUAUCCGCUGGAGAGAUAAGGAACAACAGCGAUGGACCCUCUUGCUUUCUCCCUGGGUCGAUUUUUUCUCUGACAAUGCCGAGGGAGGAAAAUAAAAUCCCGAUUUUCUCGGAGUUCCAUUGAAAGUAAAAUUUUUACUCAUGGAGAAAGGAGCGAGAAGAAGUCGGGAGUCAUGAGCACAGGUGUAAAGAAGCCUCCAUUAGCUCCCAAACCAAAACUCCCCGUUUCAACCAAACCUCCCAUCGCCCCGAAGCCAUGUCCUCUCUCCCAGCCCUCCCCUUCCGCCACUAAGAGGCCAAAGCCAGCUGUUGCUCCUAAACCAUGCCUACCCAGAUCCUCGGGCUCCUCAUCGCUGCCUGUUUUCCCCCCGUCGCUCAAACCAACCGAACCCAUCGGUUCGGCUCUAGAUGAGAACCUCUUCCACCUCAACUCUAAGAAUGGGAUUUUAUCUGAGACAGAGAGUCGUGAGUCGGAUUACAUCAUCUCCACCUGCUCCUGCUCCGCUGGGGAGUGUCACCCUCAGGAAAACGGAGACGCAAAUGAAUCUGCAGCAGAUUUGGACAAAGAGCCGCUGCAGAACGGGGUCACCACUGGCAAAAGCACAGAAGAGGAGGAGGAGACCCACGACUAUAAGAGUGAAAGAAUUAACAAAAAGCCAAGGGAUAAACCUCAGAGACAGAGACAUCUUGAUAGGGGCUUAGUGAACAGAGAGAGGACUGAGGAGGACUCAGACGUGCCGACUGAGGCCCAAACGGCAGAGCAGACAGCAGCCUGUGAUGUUGCAGGCAACAUCCUGACGAGCAUCCAUCCACCGGAGUCUUCUCAAGCAGAAAAAGAGACGUUUCCCAUCAGCCCCCUGCCCGAUCUACCAGUCCCCGCCGCUCCCAGUAAGCCUCUCCCAGUGCCUCACCCACGGAAGUUCAAAAAGCCGGCUCUGGUGAGGCAGGACGGCGUGGAGGGUCAGGAUCAGGCGGUGCCGGUGGAGGAGCAGAAGAAUGAGCCUGAGCUGCAGCAAGCAGACGACUCUGAGACCCAGAGAGACUCGUGUUUGGUAGAUUUAGAGACGGACGUUCCCGUUCCGCCUCCAAGACAAACCUCCCUCUCUCCAAGGCUGCACAGAGCUGUCCGCUGUUUGCUCAACAAAAACACCUCCCACUCCUUAGACCUGCUGUCCCACCCCGACUCCGAGGGUCACGGUAAGGAGGCUCAGCAGGACAAUGAGGAGGAGGAGGAGGACGGGUACGGCGACUUCGAGCGGUACCCGAUCUCCCACAGCCUCCCCAAACAGAUCAAACUGGGCUGUCACCGGAAAGCCCUGUCUGCCGAGGAUCAGCAGUCGCCGCGGGCACCGCCGAGGAAACCUCAGAGACACAGCCUGCCAGCCCCACCUCCACCCUCCGUCUGCCCUCCUGCGCCCCCGCAUGCCAGCACCCCCAUGAGGGAUCUGCCGCCUCCUCCUCAGGAAAAAACCACCUGGCGCUUCUCUCGGCCCUCCGUCACCUUCUUCAGCCGUCAGAUUCCCACCAGGAGCAGUGUGCCGCCCAAAAGCCGAGCACCGGCACUGGGGGGCAAGCAGAGGGCGCAGUCCUUCUCCGCAGCCGACCUGGCAACCCGGGCCGGCUCAUCCCAGAAGAGGAGCCUCUCUUUCCGCAAGCUGCUGGAGCUGCGGCUGAAUGUGAAGAUGCUGCCAAAGCUGCUGGUCAAAGGGGGGCAGUCCCUGGACUGCACCAGCACGGACAAAAGCCUGGGGAGGCCCAGCAGCUGCAUCGAGGACCCCGACAUCCACAGGGAGGAUGUGGAGUACGAGAACGUGCCGCUGUACGAGGAGAUCCCGGAGUAUAUGAACCUGCCGUUCCACGGAGCGAGGCUGGGCUGGCCGCACGAUCCCGACGGAGGCGACGCCAACAUCUACGAGGUGCAGGACCCCUUCCACAGAUGCAGCGAGCACGAAUACGAGAGCGACUGGCUGAAGGACGAUGUCCACUCUGAGGAGGACGAGAUGCACAGUUCAGACGAAGAGGACAACAGCUCCACCUCCAGCAAGGAGCACCUGGAUGAGGCAGACAGACAGCAGGAGGAUGACAUGAAGAGGAAGAAGGUGGUGCACAUUGCCCAGGAAAUCAUGAGCUCAGAGAAAGUGUUUGUGGACGUCCUAAAGCUUCUACACAUAGACUUUCGGGAUGCUGUUGCUAAGGCAACGCGUCAGAACGGGAAGCCGGUGGUGGACGAGCGGAUCCUGAGUCAGAUUCUGUACUAUCUGCCGCAGCUGUACCAGCUGAACAAAGACCUGCUGCGAGAGCUGGAGGACAGGGUGGCACACUGGAGCGACCACCAGAGAUUGUCGGACAUUUUUGUCCAGAAAGGUCCCUAUCUGAAGAUGUAUUCCACCUACAUCCGCCAGUUUGACAACAAUGUAGCUCUGCUGGAUGAGCAGUGCAGGAAGAACCCUGCAUUCGCAGCUGUUGUCCGGGAAUUUGAGAUGAGUCCGCGAUGCGCCAGCCUGGCUCUGAAACAUUAUCUUCUGAAACCAGUGCAGAGGAUCCCUCAGUACCAGCUGCUGCUCACAGAUUAUCUGAAGAACCUCCCUGAAGACUCUGAGGACUAUAAAGACACACAAACCGCGCUCAGCGUCGUGAAGGAAGUAGCCAAUCAUGCGAAUGACAUCAUGAAACAAGGGGAUAAUUUUCAGAAGCUGAUGCAGAUUCAGUACAGCCUCAACGGCCAGCAUGAGAUCGUCCAGCCAGGCAGGGUGUUCCUGAAGGAGGGGACGCUCAUGAAGCUGUCCAGGAAAGUCAUGCAGCCGAGAAUGUUUUUUCUGUUUAAUGAUGCACUCAUGUACACCACUCCGGUCCAGUCUGCCCAGUAUAAACUCAACAGUGUUCUGUCGCUGGCUGGAAUGAAGGUCAGCAAGCCGAGCCAGGAGGCCUAUCAGAACGAGCUGAACAUCGAAAGCAUUGAGCGCUCCUUCAUCCUGUCUGCCAGCUCCGCUAAAGAGAGAGACGAGUGGCUGGAGGCCAUCGGGAAGGCCAUCGAAGAUUACACGAAGAAGAAAAUAACCUUCAUAUCCAGCCGCAGUCAGGAAGAGUGUCUGUCCAUGCAGGCAGAAUGUGUCGUCGACAGCGGCGCCCCGUUAGGCUCAAAAGCUCCAAUCUGGAUCCCAGACCUGAGAGCCACCAUGUGCAUGAUCUGCACCUGCGAGUUCACUCUCACCUGGAGGAGGCAUCACUGCCGGGCCUGUGGAAAGGUGGUGUGUCAGGCCUGCUCCACCAAUAAGUACUAUCUGGAGUACUUGAAGAACCAACCGGCUCGCGUGUGUGACCACUGCUUCGCCAAGCUUCAAGAAAACAGCGACCGCUGUGCUUCGUCAUCAACAUCUCCCAUUAAAUCUGGAGCGUUUUCCUUCACUAGAAAACAGAAGAAGAUUCCAGCUGCACUAAAGGAGGUGUCCGCCAACACAGAAAACUCCUCCAUGAGCGGCUACUUGCACCGAUCCAAAGGCAACAAGAAGCAGUGGAAGAGGCUGUGGUUCGUCAUAAAGAACAAAGUUCUGUACACCUACGCUGCUAGCGAGGACGUGGCGGCGCUGGAGAGCCAACCGCUGCUGGGAUUCUUCCUGAGGGAGGAGAAGAACGGGCCGGCUCAGAAGCUGCAGUUCAAGCUGUAUCACAAAAACACGCUGUUCUACAUCUUCAAGGCUGACGACAUUCCCACAGCGCAGAGAUGGAUCGAAGCCUUCCAAGAGGCGAUGAUUCUGGAGCAGUAGAUACUCAGAUCCAUCCGGACGGAUUACAAAACCGCACACGGAAACAUUUCAAACAAACAGCCGGCCUCUGACGCUCGGCCGUGCGGACUCGGGUCGGGUAUGGAGCGAGUCGCGGCUGCAGGUCAACAGUCAAGUCCAGAAGCACGUGUGAGGAAGUUUAACCAAAGUGUGCGGAGAAAUCUUCAGAAGUCUAAAGUCUGGGAAUGAAUUUCAAAAUGCUUUCAGAUGAAGGAAUCACGACAAGCACUCACUGACAAAAACACAGCUGAGCACCCAGAUGGAUAUUAGGUUAAAGCAGGCGGUGCAAGGGUGAAAGGUCAUCCAACUGAGACUAACUGGACACAAAAUAGGAAACGGUCAGGAACAGCAAAGGCAGCUAAAAUGACAAAAAUAUAUUUAAAAAUAGAAAAAGUAAAAUAUCAAAGAUCGCCUUUAACAGGGGUCUGCAGCCUGCGGCAGAAUGGCUCUUCAUAACUCUGGUUGAAAAAGGAACCAGUUCCUGUUUUCAAAUGUUUUUAUUUCUGUGUUAUGUAUGUUUUACCAGAAUAAAAACACACUGAGAUUAAAAACCUCUUUUUAAAGGGAGUCCUGGCCAAGAAGCAGCAACAAACGCAACACAAAAUGUUACACAGAAAAAGGAAAUGUUAGGCUAUUGGAAAAAUAUAAUAAUGAAUGCAGGUUUUCAAUUGUUUUUUAAAGUUUUCCUGUAAUGUUUGCACUGAAUUUUUACAAAGGAUGACACUAAAAGUACCACAAAUAUGUUUUAUUUUUGUUUUCCUGAAUCAAUGUGCUUUU